UGCAUACACCACCCAAAAAAACCCUAAAAUACUGAGUGGAGUGGGUUAUAGUGCCGCAUGCGUUUUGUUCGUGCUCUCACUACGUGCGCACUUCCCGUUAGCCGCCGCGGCGUAAUCUCCAGUACUCAUUUUCCCCGCACUUGUUCAUUUCUAAAACCCUACAUCGCCAAAGCUCUUCAUUGCACCAUUUCCGUUACAAUAAUGGCCACUGAAGACUCACUUCGCAAAUCUCUUUCCCAAAAACAAUCAAAUAUCGACCUCCAAGGCAACGCCGUUCGUCAAUUAAAAUCCUCAGGUGCUUCCAAGCCGGAAAUUGAAGCUGCUGUUAAAGCUUUGAAUGAUUUGAAGCUUGAGAAAGCGUCUAUUGAGAGCCAGCUCCAAGCCGCUUUAUCCGGUUCUGGUUCGUCGUCCGGCAACCGAGAUGCGUUCCGUCAGGCGGUUGUUAAUACUCUAGAGCGACGGUUGUUUUUUAUUCCGAGUUUUAAGAUAUAUAGAGGUGUUGCUGGACUUUAUGAUUAUGGUCCACCUGGUUGUUCUGUUAAGUCCAAUGUACUUGCCUUCUGGCGUCAGCAUUUUGUGUUGGAGGAGAACAUGUUGGAAGUUGACUGUCCAUGUGUGACCCCUGAGGUUGUCCUAAAGGCAUCAGGUCACGUUGAGAAGUUCACUGAUCUUAUGGUUAAGGAUGAGAAGACAGGAACAUGUUAUCGAGCUGAUCAUUUGCUCAAGGAUUAUUGUAAAGAAAAACUUGAGAAGGACUUUAGCCUCUCUGCAGAAAAAGCUGCAGAAUUGAAGCACGUUCUUGCUGUCUUGGAUGAUCUCUCUUCUGAGCAGCUUGGUGCCAAGAUAAAGGAAUAUGGUAUAACUGCACCAGAUACAAAGAAUCCACUUUCUGAUCCUUAUCCAUUCAAUCUAAUGUUUCAGACAUCCAUUGGUCCAUCUGGCGUGAGUCCAGGGUAUAUGCGUCCUGAAACAGCGCAAGGCAUAUUUGUAAAUUUCAAAGAUUUAUACUAUUAUAAUGGAAAUAAGCUCCCUUUUGCUGCUGCUCAAAUUGGUCAGGCUUUUAGAAAUGAGAUAUCUCCCCGACAAGGUCUUCUCAGAGUCCGUGAGUUCACUCUGGCAGAAAUUGAACAUUUUGUUGAUCCCCAGGACAAAUCUCAUCCAAAAUUUUCAGAUGUUGCAAAAUUGGAGUUUCUAAUGUUUCCUAGGGAUGAACAAGUGUCUGGACAGUCUGCGAAGAAACUACAGCUUGGUGAAGCUGUUUCUCGAGGAACUGUCAAUAAUGAAACACUUGGAUACUUUAUUGGGAGAGUUUAUCUUUUCCUAACACAACUUGGAAUAGACAAAGACCGUCUGCGUUUCCGUCAGCAUCUUGCAAAUGAGAUGGCUCACUACGCUGCAGAUUGUUGGGAUGCUGAAAUUGAGAGUUCUUACGGUUGGAUUGAAUGUGUUGGGAUUGCUGAUAGAUCUGCCUAUGAUUUGCGUGCCCAUUCGGAAAAAAGCUCUGUAGCUCUUGUGGCUCAAGAGAAAUUCUCAGAACCAAGAGAAGUAGAGAAACUGGUCAUAACACCAAUCAAGAAGGAGCUUGGACUUGCGUUCAAGGGAAACCAAAGAAUGGUGACAGAAGCCUUGGAGGCAAUGGAAGAAAAGGUAGCUAUGGAGAUGAAGGCUGAUCUGGAAUCCAAGGGGGAGGUAGAGUUCCAUGUAUGUACUCUUGGAAAGAAUGUCACCAUUAAGAAAAGCAUGGUCUCUAUUUCCAAGGAAAUAAAGAAAGAGCACCAGAGAGUGUUUACACCUUCUGUGAUUGAGCCCUCGUUUGGAAUUGGGCGGAUAAUAUACUGUCUUUAUGAGCAUUCAUUCUACACAAGGCCAAGUAAAGCUGGGGAUGAGCAGCAAAAUGUCUUCCGCUUCCCACCCCUUGUGGCUCCCAUCAAAUGCACUGUUUUUCCACUGGUUCAGAAUCAACAAUACGAAGAAGUUGCCAAGUUAAUCUCAAAAUCUCUGACUGCUGCUGGAAUCUCACAUAAGAUUGAUAUAACAGGUACUUCCAUAGGGAAAAGGUAUGCAAGAACAGAUGAACUUGGUGUUCCCUUUGCCAUUACUGUCGAUUCAACGUCGUCUGUGACAGUGCGAGAGAGGGAUAGCAAAGAUCAAGUCCGGGUGGACGUGGACAAGGUUGCAUCAGUUGUGAGGGAAGUUACUGAUGGAUUGAGCUCUUGGGCAGAUGUUUUGAAGAUGUAUCCUCUACAUUCUUCAGGAACUGCAGAGGAGUGAU